GCUCAGUAGCAGUUCGCUUGCUGUUCGUUCACCAAGGUUUUUUAGUUUCGCUCCAAAAGUCGCAGCAGUUUUGACAAACAAAUAUGUGUGUUGUGAUUUCUUUCUUGUCUUAGCACUUUAACCGUCUACGAAUUUGCAAAUGUCAGUGUCGUGGGAUGUUUUCAACGAGAACGUCAAGGAAUUUCCAACUGUCGUGCCUCUGCCUGACGACGAAUUCUACCCAUUAGAUGAUGCCAAAUCAUUAAGAGCAGCUGUGAAGGGAUUCGGAACGGACGAGCAGGUUAUUCUCAACAUACUGUGCCAACGAUCCUCCGCCCAGCGCCAGACCAUAAUCGAAUGUUACCACCGCACAUUCUUCCGAUACUUGAUUGCUGAUCUCAAAAGUGAUCUGAGCGGCAACUUUGAAAAUGUGAUUGUCGGCCUCAUGAUGCCUACCGAAAGGUACUGCGCACAUCAAUUGCACAAAGCCUUUAGGAGUAAAUCCCACGAUGUCCUGGUGGAAAUCCUUUGCUCCCGAUCCCACGAAGAAGUCGCAAAGAUCGCUACCGCUUACGAAGACAUGUACGACUCUUCUCUUGCAAGCGACAUUAAAAAAGAAACGUGUGGGUCAUAUCAGCGAUUGCUCUUACUUAUUCUUCAGAAAUUGAAUGACCAAUCAUGCGGUUAUGGUGAUUUUGCUUACGAUCCUGACAUAGCAAGCCAACAGGCACGAAUUAUCUUCAAAGCAGUGAAGGGAAAUUUUAGAACGGACGAAAAUGCCUUCCUUGACAUUUUCGGCUAUGCCGCUCAAAGGCGUCAUCAGACUUGUCUAAUCUUUCACGAGUACCAGCGGAUUUCUGGAAAAUCAAUUGAAGAGACUCUGAAAUCUCAAACGUCCGGUGUUCUACUCAACAGCCUUUUAACAAUUGUGAAAUCCGUUAACAAUCGAGCGCUGUAUUUUGCCGAAAGGUUACACCGCGCCAUGAAAGGUUUGGGUACUGAUGACAACUCUCUAAUCCGCAUUAUCGUCAGUCGCUGUGAAAUCGAUUUGCUCAACAUAAUGUUCGAAUAUGAACGCAUCUAUGGGAAAACACUAUUUAGCGCAGUCAAGGAAGAAACAUCCGGUUAUUAUCGUCGCUCUCUUCUAACGAUUAUUGGAAUGGAGCAGCUGGUGAAGUCGAUGCCAUCGCCAUCAUCCUGUUGUUCUUUGACUUCUCUGUCUGACAGACAGAUCCCAUGGUACCAAUCGCAGCAAUCCUUAGGCUGGCACAUAAGAGAAACCAUACGGAAAUUUCAGAAUUAAUUGGAACAAAUAUUUUGGACGUUAACAGAUACUGUAAUUUGGCGUUAAUUGCGCGACCCGACACAAAACACGUUUGGUUUUCAUGAUCAAAAUUCUGGCCAAUCUUUUUUGACAACCUCAACUCCAAAGAAAAAAUUAAGGAAAAACAACUUUAAAAUCGUUCUCCUGCAUAAAUGAUUUUAAAAAUUCAUAUCAUCCGCUGCACAUAUAUCCCAUUGCUUCCACUGUAAGCUAAUAACUAAUAAUAAGCUCAUUUUCGAGCUGUGUAUUGUUGAAUACAAAUGAUAUUGUCAAAUCUGAAACGAAAA